CCCGGCUUCCGGCGGCGAGGGCGGUGCUUCCGGGGCGGGCUGCCGGGCCGAGGGAGGAGGGUCUGACAGUUGGCGCCGCCGGGAGACUGGGCGGGCGGCGCGAGUGGGCGCGGGCCCGGAGGGCCAGAAAUUCAGCACUGGAGAUGGGCUUUUAAUGAUGGAGAGAGGAAAUUGAAUCCAGCAGGGAAUUCUGCAGCUGUAGUGGGAAGAUUCCAGGACUUAAAGGCUUCUAGCUCCAGGGAACAGCGUCACGGCCAGGGAGACAAUGGUCUCAGUGACAAUGGCCACUUCUGAGUGGAUCCAGUUCUUUAAGGAAGCCGGCAUUCCUCCAGGACCUGCUGUCAAUUACGCCGUGAUGUUUGUGGAUAACAGACCCUCCCCUGCAGGAUCCAGAAGAGCAUGCUGCUAGAUCUCAACAAAGAAAUCAUGAAUGAGCUCGGGGUGACUGUGGUGGGUGACAUCAUCGCCAUCCUCAAGCAUGCCAAGGUGGUGCACCGCCAGGACAUGUGCAAAGCUGCCACUGAGUCGGUGCCAUGCAGCCCCAGCCCCCUCCCAGGCGAGAUUCGCCGAGGCACGGCUAGUGCCGCCUCCCGAAUGAUCACCAACAGUCUGAACCGCGACUCCCCACCCGGCACUCCCCCCCGGCGGCCGGACACCAGCGCCUCCAAGAUCUCCGUCACUGUGUCCAACAAGAUGGCAGCAAAGAGUGCCAAGGCCGCCGGUGAGAGGACUUGGGCAGCAGCCCUGGCCCGCAGAGAGGAGGAGAGCCUGACCAUUCCUACCAAGCGGCGCCGGGUCACUGCCGAGAUGGAGGGGAAGUACAUUAUCAACAUGCCCAAAGGCACCACCCCCCGGACCCGCAAGAUCCUGGAGCAGCAGCAGGCAGCGAAAGGUCUCCACAGGACAUCAGUGUUUGACCGCCUCGGCGCCGAGACCAAGGCAGACACCACAACGGGGAAUAAGCCCACAGGAGUCUUUAGCCGCCUGGGGGCGACCCCAGAGACGGACGAGGAUCUGGCUUGGGACAGUGACAAUGACAGCAGCAGCUCUGUCCUGCAGUAUGCUGGGGUCCUGAAGAAGCUAGGCCAGACCCCAGCCAAAGCCAGUCCCCAGCCCGCACUAACUGUCAAAGCCAAGGCCACAAGCUCAGCGACAACGGUCGCUGCCCCAACGCUGCGGCGCCUGGCCCUUUCCUCACGACCUGGGCUUGAGAGGAAGCCGGAGGCCCUAUCCAAAGUCAGCGUCAUCCAGAGACUGGGCAAGACUGCCCUUGUGCCCGAGGCCCAGGACAGCCAGGUCACGAGCACCAAGAGUAAGUCCUCGGCUGAGGUCAAGGUCACCAUUAAGAGGACUCUGGUGGGGCCCCGGGGGAGCAGCUCCAGCGAGGGCCUUGGUGCCCAGAUGGACCACGCGGGCUCUGUGAGCGUGUUCAAAAGACUGGGCCACAGGACCUUCUAGCCCAAGGGCGGGGCACAGGCCCCCGUCCAGAUUCCCGGCUCCGUCAGAGUCUUCAGCGAGGGUGCACCACCCCUCUCUGCCGGCUUCUGGAUGACACUGCUUGUCUCCCUCAGACAUUGUGCUGGCCUGAGCUUUCUGGGGAUUCACCCAGUUUUUCUGAGUCUGAGGUGGUCAUCGUGGCCCGGCCUUGCCGCUCUGGGACUUUCCCUUCUCUCCUGUCCUCUGUUCCCUCCUCUCUGACCAUGGCCUUGGCGGUACUCACCUGUCUACCUCUCCAAGUGCCAAGUGCCCUUUUCCUCUCCUCCAUCCCCCUUCCUCCCUCAGCAGCAUCUGCUGCCUCAAACCCCAGGCCUCCCUGUCACCCAGAGUGAGUGUCACCUGGAGGGGCUCCCUCGUUCCCCACCCCGCUGACUCCUCCCUUCCCUCCCCUCCCUCCCUGCCCCCCCCACCGCUGCUUUAACUUCUGUCUCUUCCUCUCUUCACUCUGUUCAUUUCUUUUCUGUUUUCUGUCCCCGUGGCAAGGCCCGACUGUCCGCUGCGUCCUGCCUGACCCUCCUGCACCUCCGGCCUCCCAGCGGCCCCGUCGGCGGUGGCGUCGAGCCUGUAGAGACUGUUAGCCGCCCUCACUCCCAGGCUGGAGGGACGUCCCCAGACCCCGGGCUGCGGCUGGGGCACCUGCUCAGGCAUCUUUUUCCCUGAAAGGCCGUGGCGGGUGGUGGAUCAGGGGCACUGAGAAGGGAGAUCAGCGCCAAAAAAGAAGAAAACAGCUGUUUUAAUAUAUUUUUGUGACUUUCAAACUGUUUCCCUCCCCUCCUUCAGGGUGAGUCACAGGAUUGUGUCUCACACGAAGCAUAGUGUGGGCGGGGGCGCCCACACAGCAGUGAGCUCUGUCUCUGAGGGUCAGGCUCCCCACACACAUGAGGGCUUUUCCAGACCUUUUCCAGGAGCUGGGAAUCCAUCCGUGAGCAAGGCAGACAAACCCAUGCCCGCGGGGCUGACCUCUCUAGCCAGGGAGAUGGGCAGUAAAGUGAUCACGCUGCCCAAAGAAUCAGAGGUAUGAGGGAAAGUGACCAGGGCCUCUGGAUGUUGUGGGUAAGAAGGCUUUUCAGAGGAGGUUACUUGUAGGCUGAGCUAUGUGAAGUUCAAGAGACGAGUGUUCAGGCCAAGGAAACAGCAGGGGCAAAGGCCCUGAGGUGGGACAAAGACCAGAGAGAAGACCAGCGUGGCCUGUGGGAUCUGGACUUCCUCCCAGGAGCAUUGAGGAGUUUGGGAGGGUGUGAAGUGGGAAGGUGAUGAUGAGAGUUGCAUUUUAUGAAGAUCGCUUGGGCCACUGUGAGGAGGACAAAUUGUUGGGAGGGCAGGGGCGGGAGCAGGGAGGCAGCGUGGGGUGAGGUGGUGGAGUGGGGAGGAGAGUGGGUGGACCUCAGGUGCGCUUCGGAGGAGGGGGAGCAGGGUUCUCCAUGAGGAUGGACUGGACACUGGGGCAUGGGGAAGAUGGGGGUGUGGAUCACGCCUGGAUGGGGGACUCGAGCAUCUAGAGGAGGGUUCUGUUUGUGGAAACAGGAGGCUGGGGAGGCUGGGAGACAGGGUGGGGGCAGGAGGGUGCUCAGUGUUCAGCAUGUUGACUGAGCUGAGCAGGCCACUGGUGCUCAGGGGCCACCUAGGCCGGCUUCAGGGAGUGCUCAGGGAACAGCAAGCAUCAAGGGCCUGGUGAUAACCAGCUGGAAAAGGGCGUAGAGAGAGGAGGGGGCUUGGAAGGGAGUUGGGCCCUUUUCCCAUAUAGAGAACAGGAUCUGAUAAGGAGAUUGCAAAGGAGUGGUCGGGGGCUUGCGGGGGGGUUGCUAAUGGCAGGUAAAGAUGAGGUUAGACUUCAUCCAUUUUUUUUUCAUUGUGGUGAAAUAGAUGUAACAUAAAAUUUACCAUUUGAACUAUU